ACUAGAGAUGCAAGCUGAGAGCAGACAAGGGUCGGCUGUACUGAGUCGCUUUUGUAUCCCAUCCUCAGGCUGGAAUUUUAUGAGCCCGUUUUCACAGUACAUCUGAGCACGACCUCUGCCUCCUGUCAUCAUUCCCCAGCAUCCUGAUUUUAUUUACUUAUUAUUAUUAACAAAUACUGGAUUUCUUAUAAAGUGUAUUGAAAUACACAGCAAAUACACUUAUGUGGUGUUACUGUUGUAGAGGGGACUAAAACUGUAAGUCUUAGCUCUGGAGAAGCAACCUUCUGUCUUAAGGAAAAUUGGAUAAUUCUGGACUGGACUGGACUGGAAGUGUAAAGACUUGUGCCUUCAACAGCAGCAUCUUGCUUCUUCUGCCGGAUAUCAUGCUGUAAUUGCACGACUGGAUACAGCACUAUUUAAAUGUGGAUUUUUCACCAAGAUUUCAAUCGGAAAGCUCUCUGUUUUGUACCCGAACAGCAGCACAAUUGCAAAUCAUUUUACUCUGAAAAGAAAAGAUUAAAAAACUGAACCUUUUUCCAUUUUUUUUGUUUAACUGGUUAAAAAAAGAACCAGAACGGCCGAUUUCUUAAUAGAAAUACCUCUGGAUGCCAUUGUAUUUGCAGACAAAAUACCGUAAUGCAACAUAUUACACAGUAACAUAUUUUCUUUUUAAUGGAUUUUUCUGUGUGGAUUUAAGUAUUUUUUUUUUUUAAUUAAGGAUAUCAUCUUUUUUUUACUACAUAACGAAACUGAAACAGCAUUUGUAAUGGUGAAGCUUAUUUUCUGUUUUGCAGUUAUUACAAAAUACACCGUAUGUGAGUAAAUUGUCUUAAUAUAUAUUACUUGAAUAUAUCAGACUGCAUAACAUGACUCAACCGUUAAUACAAUGAAGUGAAUGAAAUGAAGAUCUGUUACACAGUAAGUAAAUCAGAUCAAGAAGCGUGUUGCUGAUAUCCUUAUCACCGGGAAUUUGUUUUUGAUGCCUACAAUUGUCAUGUUGGCAUUCAAUACCUUUAUUGAUAAUAACUUUUAAAUUAAGUGCAUUUUGAAUAUAUAUACACUUUGAUAAAGACGGGGCGCUCAGAUGAUCAGAAAUGAUUAAUUUAAGUUAUUAUUUAUUACAAUAGUAAUAACAGCAAGAUCACAAUCAACAAGUAUAGUCCCUGUCAAGGAGAUGGAUGUAUUACACAUUCUACCGAUUUUUCUACUGUGCUGGACUCAAGCAGGAGCUGUGAUCAAUCUGAAAUAUUCUGUGGACGAGGAGCAGAGAGCCGGCACUGUGAUUGCUAAUAUUGCAAAGGAUGCUAAAGAUGCUGGAUUUGUGGUCGAUCUCAGGCAGCCUGCCUUUCGGGUCAUCUCUAAUUCCGCACCGCAUUUGCUGGACAUCAAUCCCGCGGGUCUGCUGGUCACCAAGCAAAAAAUUGACCGGGAUAUAUUUUGCAGGCAGGCCCCCAAAUGCGUUGUCUCGUUGGAAGUGAUGUCUAACUCUAUGGAAAUAUGUGUGAUUAAAGUUGAGAUAAAGGACCUAAAUGACAAUGCACCAAGUUUCCCCACAGACCACAUAGACCUUGAGAUUUCAGAAACGGCAACCCCGGGCACUAGGAUCCCACUAGAAGGCGCUAACGACCCCGAUUCCGGGAGCUUUGGGGUGCAGACCUAUGAAAUCACCCCAAAUGAUCUGUUUGGACUGGAGAUCAAGACCAGGGGAGACGGGUCCAGGUUUGCAGAGCUAGUUGUAGAGAAAAGCUUAGACAGAGAAAUGCAGUCCCAUUACAGCUACAUGAUCACCGCAUUGGACGGGGGUGACCCCCCUAAUUUUGGCACAGUUGAGCUGAAUAUCAAAGUGAUAGACUCUAAUGACAAUAACCCCGUUUUCGACGAGCCUGUCUUCACUGUAGACGUGCUGGAAAACUCUCCCGUUAACACUAUAGUGAUCGACUUGAAUGCAACAGAUCCAGACGAAGGAACAAAUGGGGAGGUGGUGUACUCAUUUAACAGUUAUGUGUCUGAGAAAACCAGAGACGUUUUUAAGAUUGACCCCAGAACUGGAGUGAUCACGGUCAGUGGGAUGUUGGACUUCGAAGACACGCAAGUUUAUGAGAUUGAUGUUCAAGCCAAAGAUCUGGGUCCAAACUCCAUCCCUGCGCAUUGCAAAGUGACUGUCAAGGUUCAGGAUGCAAACGAUAAUGUUCCAGUAAUUAAUUUACUGUCUGUGAACAGUGAAAUGGUGGAAGUAAGUGAGAAUGCUCCUCUGGGGUAUGUUAUAGCCUUGGUUAGGGUCUCUGAUAGAGACUCAGGGUCCAAUGGACGAGUGCAAUGCAGGCUGCUGGGCAACGUUCCUUUCAGGCUGCAGGAAUAUGAAAGUUUUUCCACCAUUUUAGUGGAUGGGAGGCUAGACAGAGAGCAGAAGGAUACUUACAACUUGACCAUCUUAGCCAAAGACAAUGGCAUCCCUUCUCUACAAAACACCAAAUCAUUUAUUGUGAAAGUCACCGACGAGAACGAUAACCACCCCCACUUUUCCAAGCCAUAUUAUCAAGUGAUUGUCCAAGAAAACAACACGCCAGGCGCUUACCUGUUGUCGGUUUCAGCCAGGGACCCAGACCUGGGAUCGAACGGCAGUGUUUCUUACCAGAUCCUGCAAUCUCAAGUCAGAGACAUGGCAGUUUUCACCUAUGUGUCCAUAAACCCAACGGGUGAUAUCUAUGCUCUGAGAUCUUUCAACCAUGAACAGACCAGGUCCUUUGAAUUCAAGGUUUUGGCCAAAGAUGGGGGUAACCCAUCCCUCACCAGCAACGCCACUGUGCGCGUUAUAGUAUUGGAUGUCAAUGAUAACACACCAGUCAUAACCGCACCACCUUUGGUAAAUGGAACCGCUGAGGUGUACAUCCCGAGAAAUGCAGGUGUGGGCUACCUGGUGACCGUAGUAAAAGCCGAUGACUAUGACGAGGGCGAAAAUGGACGAAUAACAUAUUCUAUUUCCGAAGGGGACAGGAGUUUCUUUGAGAUUGACCAGGUCAAUGGAGAAGUCCGGACCACUAGGACCUUUGGAGAGAACGCAAAGACUGCAUAUGAGUUGAUUGUGGUUGCCCACGACCACGGCAAGACGUCUCUGAGUGCCUCUGCCCUGAUCCUAAUCUAUCUCUCACCGGCGCUGGAUGCACAGGAGUCUAUAGGACCAGUAAAUUUGUCGCUGAUAUUCAUCAUUGCUCUGGGCUCCAUUGCUGCUAUUCUAUUUGUCACUAUGAUCUUCGUGGCAGUCAAGUGCAAAAGGGACAACAAGGAAAUCAGGACAUACAACUGCAGUUGUGUCUUUCUGCGCAGGGUGGCGGAGUACUCGUACGGCAGCCAGAAGAAAUCCAACAAGAAGAAGAAGAUCAGCAAGAACGACAUCCGUCUGGUCCCGCGCGACGUGGAGGAGACGGACAAGAUGAACGUGGUGAGUUGCUCCUCGCUGACCUCCUCGCUCAACUACUUCGACUACCACCAGCAGACCCUGCCGCUGGGGUGCCGGCGCACGGAAAGCACCUUCCUCAACGUGGAGAACCAGAAUUCUCGCAACGCUGCCCCCAACCACGGCUAUCAUCAAACCUUCACCGGCCAGGGCCCACAGCAGCAGCCUGACCUCAUCAUCAACGGCAUGCCACUGCCAGAGACUGAAAACUAUUCCAUUGAUUCCAGUUAUGUGAACAGCAGGGCUCACCUCAUUAAAAGCACUUCAACGUUCAAGGACUUGGAAGGGAACAGUCUCAAGGACAGUGGUCACGAAGAGAGUGACCAAACUGACAGCGAACAUGAUGUCCAGAGAGGGCUGUACGCUGAUACGGCCGUCAAUGAUGUACUAAAUAUGAGUGUGCCCUCCGCCGGCUCUCAGCUCCCCGACCAAGAUCCAAAUGAGACCUUUCACUGCCGGGAGGAAUGCCGGAUUCUCGGGCACUCAGACCGCUGCUGGAUGCCACGAGUCGGAGUACCAGCCCGAGCCAAAUCUCCGGAGCAUGGACGCAACAUCAUUGCCCUGUCCAUAGAGGCCACCACGGUGGACGUCCAGCCCUAUGAGGACUGUGGCACCAAAAGGACUUUUGCCACCUUCGGCAAGGACGGCUCUGAGCAUGGCCAGGAUCUGGAAAGGGGCGAGGUGAAAGUGAAAAGGACAGUUGACGUACCCAUCUGCAGCCCCAAGGCCAACGGGGCGAUCCGUGAGGCAGGGAACGGGCGAGAGGACGUGAGCCCCCUCACAUCCCCUGUGCACUUAAAGAGCCCCCUCUGCUCCAAGCCCCCAGCCUCUUACAGCACCCUGCACCGCCGCGACGCUGAGAGGAUCGCCAACCACAGCCUGCUGCGACAGCCCGAGGGGAAGGAUAGCGAGCCAUCGGUCAGGGAAAUCAACCAACUCCUUCACGACAGCAGAGACAAAGACUCACCAGGCGGGAAACGGCUCAAAGAUAUUGUUCUUUAAGAAGUGGAGGAAAUAAAAAGGUUCAAAACAAAUUAAACAUAAUUUACAGCGCACAUAAGGGUAUAUGCUUAUUUCCUGAAAGGAUUGAGUCGCUUACUCGAUAGGAGAUAAGCUUGGCUGGAAAGCAGGGGUGUCUUGGACUGAGGUCCGUUGUGGAUUUGUGUUCUAGCUGUUUGUUCGUUCACCGUCCUAGCAGAGGGAAGUGUAGGGUUGCUGUUUACCGUGUAACUUGCCAAAUCCUUACCCUUUGAUUCACCGGAGAGGGAGCAAACCACCUGAAGAGUUUACUCCUGUAAAAAUGGACACAAAUAGAAUCAUGCCUUUUUUUCUUUUUUUUUUUUUACUACUGGCACCAUAACAUUGUACUUUCAUUAUCUGCAGUCCUGUGCUGUGAGAAAAUUAAUAUUUGUGUGUUUUUUUUAAGGAGUCACCGGUGGCUACAGUGCUUUUAUAUUAUAAAAAAAAAUAAACCUAUCCUCAGUGUGUUCUCAUUUUACCCGAAGCUUCCCUUUGUAUGAUAACAGAACUUCUCCCUUGAUGUUUCCCUCAAGAUGAUACUCCCUCCUUCCUCACAAUCAAGAAGCUGUGGUGGAUGGUCUUUAUUUUUCACACUGAUGGAGCUGAACUUAACUGUCAGUUGUGGACACCUGUAGCCUAGGAAAUUUAUCUGUUUACCACCUUGAAGGAAAAGAAAUGACUCAAUUCUUGGAGUCUCCUGUCUCUGUUAGGGGCUUGGGGUGGGAAAGGGAGAUGUAUUGGGGCACAGUUUGUUAAUACUUGGGACCUAACUUCAUUUAAACUGCCUAUGGGACUUGGUAUAGAAAUGAUCAUCACUCACACGUCUUGCUGUAUGUAAAGCUCUGUAUAGAUUUUUUUUUUAAAUAACCAGUUGUUUUGUGACAAUCCCUUUAAUGUUUUCAAGUUUAAAAAAUAAACAGCAGGGGUGUUCAGCUGAAGCAAAAUUAGCGUUUUGUUACACAAACACACAGAGAAAAAAAAAAGAAAAGUAAAAAGUAUAUGCCAAAAUAUAUUUUAUAAAUAAUUUAAAAAAUCUAUGUAAAAUGUAAUGCUGUAUAGUUAUUUUAUUAGUAAGUUAUACUUGAAUUAACAGGCUUUUUAUUUUGUUGUUUGUUGUUUUUUUUAUUUGCAAAAAGAACAUGGACUCGAGUUUGAAAUGUUACCCCUGGCAACUGUUGAUUUGCAGUCUACCUUGUUGUAAAAAAAAGUUUCUUACUGGUCAAUUUCUUGUGCCAUCAAGUUUGUGAGCUGUGUGGGUAAAUACAGUACAUAGUUCAAUGCCUGGUACGUCAAUUAAAUUAGCUUGAAUAAAAAUGGAAGACAAACCAAAAAUGGAAAAAUGAGGGGAGAGUAAUUAAUCUUAAUAUUUAAGUAAAAAAAUAAAAAAAGUUGAAAACUAGCUUUGUGAACUGGGAAGACAGUCUAUACAUUUCUGCUACUCUGUGUAUGUAAGCCAAUGCUUAUAUCUGUGUUGAGAAUGCAUAGUCUUUUUGAUCUAGUAUGGUGAGUUUGUUGUCUUGCAAGGAGAGGUAGAGGGACCCAGUUGGGAGGCUGUGGGAAUCCAAAUUGGAAAUGAAAUAUCCCACAGCUAGUACUGUAGAUGCAGCUGAACUGAAGAGUGGGCUGUAUACCAGCAGCUGCUCUCUUCCCAUCUCUAAUGUGGUUUACCAGACAAAGGUGUUUUUUCUGUGGACUAUGAAAAACAAAAAUGCUGAAGCAAAGAGAGAAAAAAAAAACAUACAUGAAUAUUGAAGCUAUAUGUACUGGAUUAUUUGAAUUAGGAAACUGAUUUUAAAAAAUAAAUGGUACCAAUCAGUGGGUUUUCAGUUGCUUUGCAAUUUAAAACACAUUGAAAUAAACGCAGCAACAUUAGAAUUGAAAUGAAACAGUGCUCAAACCUGAAUGUUUACAGGUCUCACCAACAGCUUGUGGCAACAGGAACAUCAGAAUAAAAUAAUCACUGAAUGUAUACAGCCGCUUAUUAUUAAACUAUUAAAUGUUCUCCAUAUUGUAUCCUUGUCUUUUCCUUUUUUUAAGUGUGGGUUGCUCAUUUUGUAUGUCACCUACACCAGUUUUCGCUUUAGGGUGUGUGUGUGUGUGUGUGUGUGUGUGUGUGUGUGUGUGUGUGUGUGUGUGAUGGGAAUUAGUGCAUAUGUAAGCAUGGAACUUUUUUUUUUUGCGAUGAAUUUUAAUUUUAAUUUUCAACAAUACACCAUUCAACACGACAAUGAGGACAAUCCACAAAUUCAUGGAAAAACAAAACAAAAACAAUAAGAAAACAAAACAAACAACAAAAUAAAUGAAAAUUCCUGCAUUGAGGGGCACAGGUUUUAAGUUGCUCGGAGGUGGUUCUGCUGGUUUUCAGAGGAACAUGCUGUGAUUUGUAUAUGCUCUGUAUAUUUCUGCAUAUCCCCAUAACUAAUUAUUACUCUUCACAAGUUCCUUUCCAUCUCCCAAGUAGACAUGGAGCAUUAUAUAGCAUUACAUCUGAGGAAGGCUUGCAUUUGUCACAAUCCCAGUACUGUGUAUAGGUGUCAUCCUGUGUAAAGGAUACUUCAGCAUAAUUCUUAAGUUUAACGAAUCUAUAUGUUGAAUAAAGGAAUGCCAUCUUCAAUUGUGUGACUCAUUACAAGUCAAUCGGGUCCAGUUUAAUGAUCUAAACAGUGGAGGAUCGGAUACCUUGAACUUUAUACUAAUCCAGCUGGGGUUUCCCCUAUGAGGGAUGUAUUGACCUGCUUGUUAACAUGACUAGGUUUGUGAAAAUAAGUAUAACAAUCUACCAGUGUUUUAUAUAAUUAAAAUAGACCCCAAUAUGUUCUGUGUAGGGUGUCUCUUAUUGUACAGUAUAAGACAUGUCCUUGUAUUAAAACGUUAUUGUACAGCGGUACCUGUUCAGUUUCCACAGCCAACCUGUGGUGGUGUAUCUGGCAUUAUGGCACAUAUAUUCAAAUAUAAUUUUAUGAAUGGGUUAUGUACUGUAUGCUAGGUAACAUAGAUUAACCUGUAUUUAUUAAAAACAUUUAUAUUAAAGUUACAAUGUAACUUCACAUGUGGUAGUAUAGCUAGACUGUAGAUACCUUAACAAUAUAGAGCAUACGUGCAGCUGAAGUUCAGUUAUAAUAUGUAAUGGCACUUUAAAUACAGAGUUAGCGAAAACCACAUGGAAAUUCACUCAUUUCAGCUCUGCCUUAGAUAGGUUUGCAAUGCAUUGUGGGUGAAAAAGGAACAUGAAUGCCGUUAGUCAUUUAUCAUGAAGUGACUGCGAUUAGAAUAUAAGAACUUUCUGAUAUUCCCGGCUGCAUUUAUAAAUGACUAUCUAAAAUGAUUGAGAGGCAAUCUCUUAUGUAAACACUUCAAUUUAUACCAUACAUUGCUACUGUCAAGCACAAUGGGAGAGGAGCUAACACAGUAGACAGGUUACCCUGAUCAUUCAUGUCAGCACUUUGAUGCAGUUCAAUUUGUUAGUAUUGAUUUUUUGUUAAAAAGUCUAUUUUGUUUAUUUAAAAGGCUUGGUAUAACAUAAUAAAAUAAUAAACCAGUA